GUGUGUGUGUGUGUGUAUGAUGAUGAUAAUGAUGAUGGUCAAGACUGACUAACAGUAGAAAUGUAAAACCAAAUUAUAGGCCUGAUUCUGUUUGAAUGUUAUCUGCCUAUUUCCUGUAACUUUUUACAUUGUGAGAAACACACAUUUUAUGUAUUGAGCCAUUCAUUCAAACACAGAAUUGAAAGUGUGUUCUUGUCUUUCCCAAAAUGGGAUGAGCACAAUGAUGCCUGUUUAGGUUUCAUCUUGUUCUUAGCUGUCGAAGGCCUAGUAAUCUGAAGCCUUAUGUAGUAGACAUGUAUGUGGAUGUACUUUGUAAAGCAAGGUACAGGGGAACAGAAAUUACAGUAUAUCAUACUCGUCAAACUAACUAUAGUGCUGUCCAUGAGGCUGAGGGACGGACCUCUUACUGAGAUGUCCACCGAUCUCCACCUAAUAGUUUUAAACAGAUCUGGGAAACCUGAAUGAUUCCUGACAAAGCAGCAUAUUUUUGUGUUAGAGAAAAAAAUAUAUAUUCAAAAAAAGAGUCGUUGUGUGCACUGAAAAUAGCCGUGGUGAAAAUAGCGUGCUGUGCUUGCUGUAACGCACAUAGUGUAUUAAUACUAAAUGUCAUCAGUUUAGCUCAGACAGCUGUGAUUAACAUGGGGGCCAUGGACAGGCUGUGUGGUUUCAGCAGACCUACAAGUGGUAGAAGGAUGCAGGGGACUCAAAUUAUAACCCCAGACCAUGCAAGCAAGGCAAACUGAAAAGCCACGUAUGUACAGGCCUACCAAAUUAAGAUUGUUAUACCGCAACCAAGUCAAACUGAUUGUUUGCCUUUGUUAAUGUUGAUUAUUAAACAAAGAACGCACUGUAUUUGGUGCUACGUAGCACAUCAAAACAUCAGAUAAGGUUAUAACAAUUCACAGAAAAUUCAACAUAGUCUUUGAUAGAGAUGAAGGAGAGGAAAAACAAUAGAAUACAUGGACAUCCAUAAUAAAGCAAAUUUGACUACAGGGUUUUUGGUUGUGUGUUAUAUUAAGCUUUGAACAACCAAGGGAAUAUAAUAAUCAUUCCGAAAUUAUCUUCAGUGCGAUUUGGAUCUUACUGUCUACAGUAUUUCAAGUGUCUGGUCAUUAUCAGACUGAUGCACUCUUCCGCUGUCCAAACCUACACAAGCCUGUCAGUAGAGGCUUGGCUUGUGUCCUCACUUUUCUUCAAGUUAAAACAGAGAUGUUAUGUCAGGGAGAGAUACCUGAGACAGAUAGGGCUGGUUUCCCAGACACUGCCUAGUCUUGGAUAAAAAAGCAUUCUCAUACUGUGUCCUGUAAACCAGACCAUAGGGUCAGGAGAGAGGGUCAUCUGAGUCUAGUAGCAGAGCUACUGUACACUGUACUCAUUGUGAAGAAGAAUAUUUUGGUGAGAAAAACACAUUUGGUCAGAAAAUAUUAUAUUUGCGAUUUCUCAAGAAUCCCCCCACCAACACUACUAUUGUCACAGGAGGUGUUUUAUCUCCUCUCCCUUAAUCUCCACAGCUGUUGCAGGAUUGCAAAAAGGAAGUGGCAUGAUUUUAUCUGUCCAGCUAAUCUACACACAGAUAAAACAGUUGUUUGGAUAGAAAUAUAGCAGAAUUCAUCGAUGUAUGUGAGUCAUUAUUUCAUUGAUAUGGUUAGAACUCAAGCUACUGGUUUGUUUUUUAAUUGACAUAUUUAGACCAGUUUAUUUGAAGGGAUAGCAUAGUAUAGGGAAUAACAGGGGUCCAAGUGCCGAACCUUGCUGAACACCAAAUCCAAUGUACACACUGAUACUGGUCUGAGAAGUAGGAAUUAAACCAGUUUAAAAUGUGAAAUGACAAUGUUUAGGUAUCUGGCAUUGAAACAUGCUAAACAUGUUUAAUAUUAUAUUUGUAAUAUUCAUCUAGAUUUCCAUAGUGUAUGCAAGGUAUAUGAAUAUGGAUACCUGCACUUUAGCCACACAAAAAAACACAUUUAAUUUGGUUGGCAAAAUUUGGUCACAAUGAGAUGCAAAGAUACUAUCCACUGACAGAUGAUGCUAUGCUAGAAGACUGACAGUUAAGACAGGCCUUGAAAUGAUUGGCUGGUUUGGGAGGUGACACAAUUGAGCCUUAAUAAAUGUGAGAUGUUAGAAUCUCCCCCUGACAAAUCACCAAUGACCAGGAACCGCCACCAGACACACUGAGAUGUGUACACCCACAAAGAUAUACAGAAGUCAAAAUAUCAGGUUCCCUUUUAAUUUUCAGUCAUUGAGUAGGGCUAUUUUAUUUUAUUUUAUUAGACAGAAUUUGAGUCUCAGAGAGUAGCUUGGCUUACAAGUGGAUAAAGUUGUGUAGGCAGAGGGAGACAUUUUGGGUUUCGUUUGGUGAGAGGAAAUUUGGUAAACGUUGUGCAAUGGUGCGGGAAAAGUUUUGAAAGAGUGUGAGAAACAAUUGCAAGCUAAGUGCCUGAAGUAGGUCGGUUCAAGAAGAAGCCUUCAUGUUGCAUCCGUACAGAAUGGAGGGGUACCUCAUCUCACCUGGUCCUCCAUCAGAAGACAUGUACGAACCCGACAUCUAUAGACAACAGAUGUCAGAAUAUUCAUAUCCGUAUGUCAUCGAUGCAGAGAGUCAAGGAGAUCACUGGGACUAUCACACCACUCAUCAUGCUCAUCCUCUGGACUUUGACAACCUGCCAGAGGGCCACUUCACUGAGCUCCAGAGUGUCCAGCAACUACAUCUACCCAGUAUGGCUCGUUACAGCGAUGUUGACACUCUCUCUCUGGACCCUGGCCUUGGGGGACACAACCAUGCCCUACCCCCACCGGUGCCAUAUUACCCUCGAGCCAUGGGCUACUUGCACCCCUCUCCUCAGACGAUGAGGAGCUCAGACGACGAGGAGCCAGGAGGCCGCAGCCCUCCACUAGAAGUGUCUGAUGAGGAGUGUCUGAGGGACCACAUCACCCACGUAACAAGGGGAGAAUUGGGCAACAAGAAGAAGAUCCGUCUGUACCAGUUCCUGCUGGAUCUGCUGAGGAAUGGGGACAUGAAGGACAGUAUCUGGUGGGUGGACAGGGACAAGGGCACCUUCCAGUUCUCCUCGAAACACAAGGAGGCACUGGCACAUCGGUGGGGCGUACAGAAGGGCAACCGCAAGAAAAUGACCUACCAGAAGAUGGCACGGGCUCUUCGCAACUAUGGCAAGACAGGCGAGGUCAAAAAGGUCAAAAAGAAGCUGACUUAUCAGUUCAGUGGUGAAGUGCUAGGGGGGAGGUCUCACUUGGAGAGGAGGCCAUAUUCCCAUUUGUAGAGGGAGAAACAUAGUGGAAGUCCUGAAGAACGGUAGAGUGAGAGAGAGAGAGAUAGUUAACUGUAUAUAGUAUGCAAGAUGGUUAACAAUGUAAUAACUAUUGUUUGUGUUCAAAUCAACAAUAACUGUUUUUGCUGCUCUUGUAAAAAGCAUUUAUGUGAACGUCAAAGCCAGUGUCUUAAUGGAAUCUGACAAUUAGCAAAUUUUGACUCAAUGAUUGCACACACACAUCUGGACCUUUUACAUUCCAUAGCACUUAGAAACAGGGCCGUUUUAAAUGAUACUGUCAAUCAUUAUCACCAGAAUGCUUACAGGAGUGGUAAUACAGAUGACCACUCGAAGUCCUCAGAGAUCUCCUUUCUUAAAGCUGUCUGUGUUCACCGACUUCUACGCACUGUUGGACUCACUGACCAUUGUGCACAUUUGACAUCGAUUAGACUUGGAUGCAAUGUAAACAAAGAAAAAGACUGAUAAAGAACUCUUUAGCAUUAAUGACAUUGAUUUGAUACUCUGAGAUGCACUGACUUUGGAAGAGCAAUUCGUGUUGCUUAACCUUUGCUGUAGCAGCACACAAACACAACAUAUUAUACAUAAGCUUUUGCUAAUCAGAAUUGAGUAUUCAGCCAAGCCGUGGUAUAAAGCUUGUAUAUUUGUAUGAUGGUACUACAUGUGUAUUACAUACUAACUCAUGUUAGCUCAAGACUUUGGGAAGUAAACCCUUCUGAACAUUGGGAGACUUAACCUGCAA